GUGCGCAGGCGCACCAAGAUGGCGGCGGCACGGUGCUGGGCGCGUCUGGUGUCGGUGACCUGGGGCCCGGCGGCCGGGGCCUCGCUGCUCGACGCCGGGGCCCCGCCGGUCCUUGCUUCUCGCCGGCUGGCUGCCUCCUUUGUGAAGGGCCGUGGGCUGCUGUCGGCCGGAGGGGUGGGCCUGAGGCUCGGGCUGGAGCUGCGGCUCAGGCGGCCCGGUUCUGCACCACAUUCUGUAGCUGCGGCUGGAUUUCACACAACUUCUGGUUUGGCCAAGACUGAUUAUUACGAGGUGUUGGGGAUCCCACGCAAUGCUACACAGAGGGAAAUUAAGAAGGCCUAUUACCAGCUUGCGAAGAAAUACCACCCAGACACAAACAAAGACGACCCAAAGGCAAAGGAGAAAUUUUCCCAGGUGGCAGAAGCUUAUGAGGUACUAAGUGACGAGGUGAAGAGGAAACAGUAUGACACGUACGGGGCAGCAGGAUUUGAUGCAGGAGCAGCCAGGGGCCAGCAGUACUGGCAAUCGGGCCCUUCUGUGGAUCCAGAGGAACUCUUCAGACGCAUCUUUGGGGAGUUUACUGGAUCUCGAUUCACAGAUUUCAACAGUGUGUUUGACCAGCCGCAGGAGUACAUUAUGGAGCUGACCUUCACUCAGGCUGCAAAGGGAGUGAACAAGGAGAUCACAGUGAAUCUGGAGGACACGUGUCAGCGGUGUGAUGGUAGAGGGAAUGAGCCAGGGACUAAAGUUCAGCACUGCCAUUACUGCAACGGAACUGGCAUGGAAACCCUGAACACUGGUCCGUUUGUGAUGCGUUCCACGUGCCGGCGAUGUGGUGGGCGGGGCUCCGUGAUGACAACACCCUGCAUUGUGUGCCGAGGGAGUGGGCAGAGUAAACAGAAGAAGACUGUUGUGGUGCCGGUUCCAGCGGGUGUGGAGGACGGACAGACUGUACGGAUGCCAGUGGGACGCAAGGAGAUCUUCAUCACCUUUAGGGUCCAGAGGAGCUCGACCUUCCGACGGGAUGGAGCAGACAUUCACUCUGACCUGUACAUAUCCAUAGCCCAGGCAGUCCUAGGGGGCACUGCUCGAGCUCAGGGACUGCACGAAACCAUCAACAUUACGAUCCCGGCUGGGAUUCAGGUUGAUCAGAGGAUUCGACUUGCUGGCAAAGGUAUCCCGAAAGUCAAUAGUUACGGAUACGGAGAUCACUAUAUCCACAUCAAGGUGAAAAUCCCAAAGAGGUUGUCGCCUCGGCAGAGUUCCCUGAUGGCAGCUUAUGCGGAGGAGGAGACUGAUGUGGAGGGCACAGUUAAUGGAAUAGUUAACACGGCUACAGGCACUGAAGCCCGGGCAAGGACAGAGACGGGGGAAAGAGAGUCAGAGAAACCAGAGGCAGAGCCAGGGGAAAACAAGGAAGGAUUCCUUACCAAAUUAAAGCGAAUGUUUAGUUGAUGUGUCAGAGGAAAACGCUCAAGUGGGAACUGAGCCCAGACUGCUAUGCUGUGAAGGAUGCAUAACUACUGUCACCAUGUCAAACGGGCAGGGGACUGCUGGAGGAAUUCCUUUCCCAUGGAGCAGGACAGGCACACGAGCUGGACCCCUCAUUCUCCAAUAAGGAAGUCAUUACAUUUAGUUUCAAUUACUCUGUACAGUGAUGUCAAUAGCCAUGUAAAUAUAGUGAUAGAUCCAGUAUUUAAUCACCGCUGUUGCACUAUGUGAUUGAUGUUUUGGACGAGAUAAAAAUGUGCUGCUA